CCUUAUAGACGAAUUCUUGGACAAGAUUUAUGGGAUGAUAUUACUGCAAAAUUUAUGACCUCCGAUGCCGUCAUCACUUCAAAUAUUUUACCGGCUCGCAAAAAGGUGCCCGUUCAACUUCCUCUUGUAUUUUUGAAAUAUAUGCUAUUCUCUUCUUAG